AUGAUACCACACGACAGAGUCGUUCACCAGCCGCUGGGUGGUGCAUCUUAUUACUUCAAAGAGAGUCUACUCAAGUACCUUAGCGACCAAUGUUCUCGACCGGCAGUCGCUCUGCAUGUUGGCGCGCAGCCAAACUGCGCCCCGCACGUCGGUAAUAUGACGACCUUUGCGACCUGCUUUGCACUCGGCGCUUGCUUGCAGAAGCAAUUUGCGCGCAAUGUGAGAGUCAAGUUUAUGUUUGUAGAUAGCGCCCCGUCUCCAGGGCAUGAGUUUCUUGUCCACGGGGUCAAGUACCAGAAGAGUCUGAAGCAGAUGAGGACGUUCGAGGCCCACCAACGCGCAUUUACAAACGUGCUGGAUCGUUUAUCUGAACUCUCUGGGGUCGCGUAUGACAUUUCUACGCAGAGCUUCUGGCGUUCAAACCACGCAUUUCCCAACGUUAUCCGAAGCCUCGUCGCACGACAUUCAAUCCUCGGCCCCCAUUUGUCCCCAGAUACAGGCAAGUUGGCUAUUCGAGCACCAUGUCCAUAUGAGGGCUGCGGGCUGGCCGACAAGCACGGCGUGAACAAUCAGUACCAUGCAGAUGGCCGGAUCACGUUCAUCUGCCCCGACCACGGGGAGCAUCACAUCGAUACCACGACGGCCCAUGACCUCGAGCGGCUCGAGUUCAACACCCCGCUCCGCAAUCUCAUCCGAAUUACCCUUUGCAGUCUCGACACAGACACUUCGUGGAUCAUGUGCACGGGCGCCGACUACGCGGGCUUCUACCAGGAGCAGCUAACCUGGCGGCUCCUCCAGCAUCCCGCCCACGCGCCGAUUAUCUUCUACGCGCCUCUGAUUCUGGACUGGUCUGGAGCCAAGUUGUCAAAGAGCUUGUACAUCAAACAGGGCGGAUACAACUACUUGGUCGAUACGGGUCGCCGCUACCUGCUCGAUGGAGAUGCGUUUCUAGAGACCAUCGGGGGUAUGAAGGCACUUUUUGAGGAAGUUCAGGACUGGGUAAAUCACCCACACAAGCUCUUUCGCAACUAUACGCUGGAGUAUCUGGAGACGCAGCUCAUAACACGUGGAAUGGCCUACCCAUCCGCAGCCAGCGGCGCAAAGAAGUCGGAUAUCUUACUCUCCCCAAUGACACCACCCAACGCCUCCCCAGAAACCUUCGAGCCACCCUCAUCUUCACCAUCACCCCCUUCUAAGCACGACCCCGACCUUAACCCCCUCCACUCCUCCCCCCUCGACAACAAAUGA